AUGGAGCCAAUCGCCGACCCUUUGGCCGAGCUGCUCGUCAACUACAACGAGCUCAACUCGUCUGUCGUUGACGAGCUCCAGCAGGAACCAAGCCCGCUCGAGUUCAUGAGAUAUGUGUCGAGGAAUACCCCUUUUGUGGUGAGGGGAGCGGCAAGCACCUGGACUGCGACCAAGACAUGGAACCUUGGCCACCUCAAGGGCCUUUUGCGCGACCAGACCGUCAACGUCGCAGUGACUCCCGUGGGGAACGCCGACGCUCCUACCAGGAACGAGAAGGGCGAGCUUGUCUUUGCCAAACCGUGGGAGGAAGACCAGCCCUUCUCUGACUUUGUUGAGUACGUCGCGCGUCAGGAAACGGACGAUUCCUUCCCUCAGGGCAGUGAGAUAAGAUAUGCUCAGACUCAAAAUGACAACCUUCGGCACGAGUAUAUCUCUAUUUUCGAUCAGGUCCAGCGUGACAUCCCCUUUGCGCGUAUUGCACUGCAGAAAGACCCCGAUGCCAUCAACAUGUGGGUCGGCAAUUCUCGCUCAGUGACAGCCCUCCACAAAGAUAAUUACGAGAAUAUCUACGUUCAAGUCCAAGGGCAGAAGCAUUUCGUCCUGUUACCUCCACACUGUCAUCCAUGCGUCAACGAGAAGCUACUCCGCCCCGGUACAUAUGCACGGAACGAGCGGGACAGCCGAUUGCGCCUGGUCAUGGAUGGAGGCGAGAGUGAUGAGAGUGACGCUGUGCCGUUCGCAAUUUGGGACCCGGACCAGCCAGACAAAAAUGCCACACCUUACUCGAAGCUCGUGGAGCCGAUGCGUGUCACACUGCAGCAGGGCGACAUGUUGUACCUCCCGGCCAUGUGGUUAGUUGUGCAGUCCCUUCCUGGCGGCGGGCCUUGA